GCGGCGUGAAUGCCAAGAGAAGAGCCACAGAAAGCCCAUUGAGCGCCCGGCGCCGCCAUCACAUGGCACGGGCGCUAUUUAAAGCGGGCGGCGGGCGCCGUUCAGCACCACUCGGGCUGGCCAGCGGCGCUGCGCGGGCGCUGCGCGGGGGCUGCGCGGGGCGAUGCCGCGCUCCUUCCUGGUGGACUCACUGGUGCUGCGGGAGGCGAGCGAGAAGAAGGGAGAGGGCAGUCCUCCGCCACCGCUCUUCCCCUACGCCGUGCACCCCUCGCACCCGCUGCCCGGGCUGCCGGCAGGCGCCUGCCACGCUCGCAAGGCCGGGCUGCUCUGCGUCUGCCCGCUCUGUGUCACCGCCUCCCAGCUGCACCCGCCGCCGCCCGCUAUCCCCCUCAUCAAGGCUUCCUUCCCUCCCUUCGGCUCCCAGUACUGCCACUCGCCCCUGGCCCGCCAGCAGCACUCCGUCUCCGCCGUCAGCGUCGGGCACGCACCGGCGCUCUACCAGGGCGCCUACCCUCUGCCCGACCCCCGGCAGUUCCACUGCAUCUCCGUGGACAGCACGUCCAGCCAGCUGCCCAGCAGCAAGCGGAUGCGCACCGCAUUCACCAGCACGCAGCUCCUGGAGCUGGAGAGGGAGUUCGCCUCCAACAUGUACCUCUCCCGACUGCGGCGAAUCGAGAUCGCCACCUACCUGAACCUCUCCGAGAAGCAGGUGAAGAUCUGGUUCCAGAACCGACGGGUCAAGCACAAGAAAGAAGGCAAAAGUAGCUCUCACCGGGGCGGGGGGGGCGGCCACAGCUGCAAAUGCUCGUCCCUUUCCACCACUAAGUGCUCGGAGGACGACGAGGACUUGCGUAUGUCUCCGUCCUCCUCGGGGAAGGACGACAGAGGUCUCGCAGUCACCCCCUAACCACCCUCACACCUACCCCGGCUCCGCAGGAACUAUGGCGAAAGCAGGGGAGAGAGCCCUGCCUGCCCUGGUGCUGACACGCAGCCGAAGGAUUUUAUACCGUUUUGUAUAAUUUGUGUAAUUUACGAAGGACUUUCUCGCCUUUCUAGACCCCCGGCCCACGGGGACGGGUGUCCCGGCGCCCUGCUGUAAAUAAACUCCUCCCUAGGACCCCAGGCGUCGCCCCAUAGUGCUCUCUCGCUUGUCUCCCCGCAGGCGCAGCCCCGAGCCCGGGAAGUUCCUCGCAGACCGCCCCGCGCACCGAGGCGGGCGCAGAGUGCGCGGAUGCUGCGCGGCGACGGGCGGUGCGCCCGCCUGCAGGGAUGCUGUACCGGGCUCCCUCUGGCUACUCGGCGAUGCCCAUAAGCGGGCAGACGGAGGGAGGGUUGAAGGCUGUUUGGGUUAUUAUCUUUCCUUUUUUUUCCUUUAUUUUUCCUUUAUUUUUUUUUUCCCCUUUACAAAACUGUUCUGUUUUGACUUCGUCGCUGCCGGGCGCACAACUGUGGUUGUACCGUUCUGUCCCACUCCCUCCUCCCGGGAGAUAUUUAUUUAUUUAUUUAUGUGCAGAGAAACGUUGAUGGCAAUGAUGAUAAUGAUUAUGAUAACAAUAAAAGCUCGUUGGUGGUGCAUUUCCUUCUCUUCGCGUAGAAAGCAGUUACCCGGCGUUCGCAGCCGUGCGCUGGGAACACCGUCGCUCUCCCACCCUCUCCGCCGCAGCUCGGCACCGGGACCGGCCCGCCCAGGCGAGCGCAGAUGACGGGGAGCCUUCCUUUCUCCGUGUCGAGCUGAAGCUACCGGGUGCAGGGGACGCCGCCUUCUGUCCCGGGGGCUCUCUCGGUCCUCCCCCGCGAAGCUAAAGAUCGGGCCGGGGAGAGGCUGGGCUGAACACCUUUCAUUCCCAUCCUAGCCGCAAGUCUGCCUACGGCAGUAGGUCUGGACAAUCAGCUGGCUGCCGGCGGGACUCGGCUCCCUCUCCCGGUGCUCGCCGCCGCCGGGCAGGAAGGACUGUCCCAGCCUUCCGCUAACCCUCCGGGGCGGGAGCCCGGGUCGCCGUGCUGGGGCUCCCUCAUCACGAGCACCGGGCUCCGGCAGCCCCGCGCCCGGUAGCGCUGUGCUGUGCUUUACUCGCGCCCGUCGGAUGCAGCCGAGAGGUCCCGCAGCCCCGGGGGCUGCCACAAGCGGGGCCGGACUGGCGUAAGCCUCCUCGGGUGCGGCACCCCCAGGGCCCGGCGCUCCGGCCGCGGCUCCAUUCGUGCAGGAAAAGCCCCUUGUGCCGGGACUCCCGCUCUGUUCGGGCUCACGGGGACGGUCUUCGGUGGGUACAGCGGCUC